UUUGGUGCUUUCCGUUUAAGGUGGUGGAUUGUCACCUGGCUGUAACAAAUCUUGCCUCCGGAAUCAGCGGAGAGAGGAAACCCGAAAGAUGUACAUCAAGUCUAUUAUUAUCGAAGGAUUCAAGUCCUACGCGCAAAGGACGGAGAUCAACGGCUUUGACCCACUCUUCAACGCCAUCACAGGACUGAACGGCAGCGGCAAGUCCAAUAUUUUGGACUCGAUAUGUUUCCUUUUGGGUAUUUCAAAUCUCACCCAUGUGCGAGCCUCCAACCUCCAGGACUUGGUGUACAAGAACGGACAGGGUGGCAUCACAAAGGCCACUGUGUCCAUUACCUUUGACAACUCCAACAAAAGCCAGAGUCCUCUGGGGUUUGAAACACAUGAUGAGAUCACUGUUACGAGACAGGUGGUAAUUGGUGGCAGGAACAAAUAUCUCAUCAAUGGAGUCAAUGCCAACAACACCCGAGUGCAGGACUUAUUCUGCUCUGUUGGUCUUAAUGUCAACAACCCACAUUUCCUCAUCAUGCAGGGGAGAAUCACCAAAGUUCUGAAUAUGAAACCACCAGAGAUCCUUGCCAUGAUCGAGGAAGCAGCAGGUACCAGGAUGUAUGAAUGUAAAAAGAUUAGUGCUCAGAAGACCAUUGAGAAGAAAGAGGCCAAGCUGAAGGAGAUUCAGACUAUUUUGGAUGAGGAAAUCACUCCAACCAUGCAGAAACUGCAGGAGGAACGAUCAUCAUACCUGGAAUACCAGAAGCUGAUGCGUGAGAUCCAGCACUUGUCGCGGCUGUAUGUGGCCUGGCUGUUUGUGUGUGCAGAGGAGACCAAACUGAAGUCAGCAGAGAAUCUAAAAGUGAUGCAGGACAACAUUGCCAAGAUGCAAGCCAGCAUGGCAGAGAACGAGAGCAAAGUCCAGGGGCUCACAGCCCAGAUUCAGGAGCUGCAAAAGAAAAAAGACCAGGAAGUAAAUGGAGUAUUAAAGUCCCUUGAGGAGGCUCUAGCUGAUGUUCAGCGUGUGGACGCCAAAGCUCAGAGUGCACUUGACUUAAAAAAAUCAAAUCUCAAAGAUGAAACCAAGAAGAGGAAGGACCUUGUAAAGAACAUGGAGGAGGACAAGAAAAUGCUUGUGGUGAAGGAAAAAGAGGUUUCUGUGUUGACCAAGCAGCUUCAGGCUCUGCAGGAGGAGGGAAAGAAUGACAGCGCUGCCCUCGAGGCAGCUGAGCAGCAUUUCAAAGCUGUGUCUGCAGGUCUUUCUACCAAUGAGGAUGGAGAGGAAGCCACACUCGCAGGCCAGAUGAUGGCCUGCAAGAAUGACAUGAGCAAAGCAGAUACAGAGGCCAAGCAGGCCCAAAUGACGCUUAAGCAUGCCCAGGCUGAGCUGAAAACCAAACAAGCAGAGGUGAAAAAGAUGGACAGUGGCUACAAAAAAGACCAGGACACUCUGAAAGCUGUCAAAAACAGCAGGGAGAAACUAGAGGCUGAGCUAGCCAAGCUCAACUACGAAGAUGGGAAGGAAGAAAGUCUGCUGGAAAAAAGAAGGCAGCUGUCCAGAGAGAUAACUAAACUUAAAGAGACGCAUGAGCGUCUUAUGUCACGUUUCCCCAACCUGCGCUUUGAUUACAAGGACCCUGAGCGAGGGUGGGACCGCAGCAAAGUGAAGGGGCUUCUAGCUAACCUGAUCACAGUCAGCGACAUCUCCUAUUCAACAGCGCUGGAGGUCGUGGCAGGAGGACGGCUUUAUAACAUUGUUGUUGACACAGAGGUGACAGGCAAAAAGUUGCUAGAGAAGGGAGAGCUGCAGCGAAGGUACACCAUCAUUCCCCUGAACAAGAUCUCUGCAAAGACACUUAAUGACAGAGUGAUCAACGCUGCCAAGAGCCUGGUUGGAGUGGACAAUGUUCACACAGCUUUGUCCUUAGUUGGUUAUGAGUCUGACCUACGUAAAGCCAUGGAGUAUGUGUUCGGCGCCACACUGGUGUGCGACACUCUGGACAAUGCCAAAAAAGUGGCUUUCGAUAAGCAGGUGAUGACCAAGACAGUCACACUCGGUGGAGACAUCUUUGACCCACAGGGAACUCUGAGUGGAGGUGCUCGCUCCCAGUCUGCAUCAGUUCUGUCCAGCCUGAAGGAGGUGAAGGAGGUUCAGGACAACUUGAAUGAAAAGGAGGCCCAACUUCAGGAUACUGAACGGCAACUGGCCAGCCUGAAGGGAACCGCUGAGAAGUACCGUCAGCUGAAGCAGCAGUAUGAACUGAAGGUGGAGGAAGAACAGAUUCUGCAGGCCAAGGUGCAGCAGAGCUCCUUCCACCAGCAGCAAGAGGAGCUGGAGAGGCUGCGCAAAGCAAUUGAGGAGAGUGAGGAGACGUUGCGUGUUACUAAGGAGGUGCAAAAGCGGGCUGAAGAGAAAUACAAGGUGCUGGAGAACAAGAUGAAGAAUGCUGAAGCUGAGAGGGAGAAGGAGCUGAAAGCUGCCCAGCAGAAACUCAAUACAGCCAAGGCCAAAGCCGAUGCCUUCAACAAGAAGCUGAAGCAGAAGCAGCAGGAGGCUGAUGCUGUGGGCCUGGAGCUGGAGGAGCUGCAGAGGGAGCAGGCUGGCUACGAGCAGCAGAUUCAGGCUGUAGACGAGGCAAUGAAGGCCAUCCAGGAGCAGAUUGACAGCAUGGCUUGCACUGUAUCCCAAAACAAGGAGGCAGUGCGUAAAGCCCAGGAAGAGCUGGCCAAACAGAAGGAAGUGAUUGUGGCACAAGACAAAGCGCUCAAGACAAAGUCCACUGAGGCCAAUAAGCUCAGAGAACAAAACAAUGAGGUCCAGCUGAAGAUCAAGGAGCUGGAACAUAACAUCAGCAAACACCGCAAAGACAGCCAGGAUGCUGCUGACAAGGUGACUCGGAUGCUGGAGGAGCAUGACUGGAUCAAUUCAGAGCGCCACUUUUUCGGUCAGCCGAACACUUCUUAUGAUUUCAAGACCAACAACCCGCGUGAAGCAGGCCAGCGGCUCAAGAAGCUGGAGGAGACCACCAGCAAGCUAGAGAGGAACGUUAACAAGAGGGCCAUGAACAUGCUGAACGAGGCAGAGGAAAGGUAUAAUGAUCUGAUGAAGAAGAAGAGGAUUGUGGAGAAUGACAAGGCAAAGAUUUUGCAGACCAUUGAGGAGCUGGACCAAAAGAAAAACGAGGCUCUUAACUUGGCGUGGCAGAAGGUAAACAAGGACUUUGGCUCCAUCUUCUCCACCCUGUUGCCAGGAGCCACAGCAAAGCUGGCUCCUCCGCAGGGCUGCGGUGUCCUGGAGGGCCUCGAGUUCAAAGUGGCCUUGGGUAACACCUGGAAGGAGAACCUCACAGAGCUCAGUGGUGGGCAAAGAUCACUGGUGGCCCUGUCUCUCAUCCUGGCCAUGCUGCUGUUCAAACCCGCUCCCAUCUACAUCUUAGAUGAGGUGGACGCUGCUCUGGAUCUGUCUCACACACAAAAUAUUGGGCAGAUGCUGCGGACGCAUUUUAGACACUCUCAGUUUGUGGUCGUGUCACUAAAGGACGGCAUGUUCACAAACGCCAACGUCCUAUUCAAGACGAAGUUUGUCGACGGCAUGUCCACAGUGACGCGGACCGCGCUCAGCCAGAGCGACCCCAAGAAAAUCCAAGAAAAGCCAUCGCAGAAAGAGAAGAGGAGCAAGCAGCUCAUCAGCUAAUCAUUGCACUGAAAUUUCAUCACACAUUAUGUCAUCUAAAAACCUUGUAACAUAACCUAAGGAGGUAUCGGUUAAUAAGAGUUUUGUCUUUAUGCCAUGUGUUCUUCUUUCUUUGUUUACAUCUUUGCAUUUCAAACAAUAACGAGCUUUAUUUUGUCUGAACUGUCCUUAUUUAUCCUGUCUCUUUUGUGGUUCACAUUCCCCUGCUUCCUGUCAUCUGAUUUAUGUGCAGUUUAUAUUUUAGUAAAUAAAGGAAUAAAUGCAUUUUUGUCUGGUCUAGUUAGUUCUCCCAUUGAAAGGGAGGGAGUACAUAAUUCAAUUUGUUACUCAACCAUAUUGAGUAAUAUGUGAUAUAAAAGGGCACGGAGAAAACUGUACGACACACUUUAAUCUUUUUCGAUACAAAACCCUACGACAGGGGUCAGGAACUCCAGGCCUCAAGGGCCGGUGACCUGCACGUGUUAGAUAUCACCCUGGGUCAACACAACUGAAGCAAACGAUUAGUUCAUUACCAGGCCUCUUCAGGACAUGUUAAGGGGCAAAUUUAGCCAUUUAAAUCAGCUGUUUUGGAUCAAUGACACAUCUACAACCUGCAGGACACCGGCCCUUGAGACCUGGAGUUCCCCUGCCCUAGACAUUAGUGACACCAUAGCAGGCUGAUAUCAGCAUAAUAAAAGCAAAUCGUAAGGUGUUUUGCCUUUCGAGGAGAGUUGCACUCAUUGCGUUUGUCCCUAGUGCCUUCCACUGAAGCUGAAAGCACUUAGACAUGUGGUUUUAAUACAGAACAUAUUUGGAAUUAAGUGAAAAUAAAAGUAAUUGGUGCAAAUUAUUAAGGGGAUUUUAUUUAUUAUGGGACAAAUUCAAACAACUAUAGCAUCUCUUUGAAGUUGACAGCAGGUUUGUUUGGUUUUUUUUGUUUGUUUUUAAAAGACUUCACAAAAUAGCCUUACAUCUUGCUCAUUCAUCAGGCAAAUAAAACCUUAAUUUUCUUUUUAAGAUCCCAAGAGUUCUCCAGUAGCCCCCGUCCUUUCACCACUACUCAGCAGUGAUGGUGUUCACAACCCCU